AUGCAGCACCUUAAUCCCUUCUCCAACUCCAAAACGACCCCAUACCACCGAAUCUCCAAAGAAUUCUCCGAAAACGAUAGCGACCGCGGCCUCGAUAGCGGCUCUGCCACGUCCCCAGCGCUAGCUCCAAAAGAUGACUACGAGAAUGAGAAAGACUAUCUCAUCGGGCGGAACUUGCACCGACCGCGCCGCUCCUCGAAAUUGCGACACACAUUUUGUUACCUAUUUGCGAUCGUAGUGAGCAUGUUGGUCGGGCUUGUGCUGGGAGAGAUGUUUCGGGUUGAGUAUGAGAUUGAUGGAUAUAUCGGUGCGCUCCCACAGCUUAGCUCCCUCCCUCCCUCCAAGUACCUUCGUGACGUGGUGUGGCAGCAAAACGACACCUUUGCCCAGGAACCAAGCGCAAUAACGGAAAAGGCGUGGGCGGACCUAAUUCCUGAAGGACGGGGAUUCGUCACGCAUCCAAAGCUCGCAAUAGAGAUGAAGAGCGUGAGCGUGUUUCAUGAAAUACACUGCUUGCACGGUAUACGCACUGCAUACUUCACAUCCGAUUAUCUCUACCGCAAACUCCAACACGCUCAAUCCCAAACCCUCGACCCCAAAUCCCCCACUGACCAUCCCCACAUCCACGAAGAAUUCGUCAUCAAUGCCUUUCUAGAAGAGCAGAUCAAGCACCCGGAGCAUGCACACGGUCUCGCGACUGGGCACGUCAAGCACUGUUUUGAUUAUCUAAGGCAGGCGCUGAUGUGUGCUGCGGAUACCAAUCUAGAGGAUACGAGUGUGGAGGAUGGAGAAGAGGGGGCGCCGGGGUGGGGAUCGAAGAGGGUGUGUAGAGACUUUGACGCGGUGAAGGAAUGGAGUAAGAAGUGGAGGGAGGGAGAUGGUAUGGGGAUUGUGUAGGUGGGUGGGUUAAAUGGUUGGAUGGUAUAGGGAUGGGAGAUUUUCGUCACAAAUGAAGGUCUAUGCUCUACAUCUCUCUGUAUAUGGCUUCACACUCUCUCAAGCCCAAACAAGAACUUCUUCAGCCUUUCAACCUUGUAAUGAACUCGCAGAGGGGGACCACGCGCGCAGUGUGUGUCGCUCUGGCGUGACUGUAUCGUCGCACUCGAGGAGUGGGGUGGUGAAGCCGUGGCCGGGGUCUUUUCUGUGCGUAUCGUAGAGCCCGGACGUAGGCAUUAUGAACGU